GCAACAGAAGGUUAAGUUGCAGCAACGACAUAAUGUUGCUUGAACCCCGCAUUAAGCUGGAGUAAGACCAGUCACUAACUGGAGCGGGACGUUACGAUGAGCGCCAUGAAGAUGGACUUCAUCUGCAAGGAGAUCCCUUCCUCCGCUGGACCACCUGCCAUGUCCACUCCUGUCGAGCCCGAGGACGCCGGUGUGAGCGAUAACGAAGACUCGGAGGACGAGCAAUUGGAGCAUGCUGCCUGGCAGGAUGUGGACUUGAAUCCGGCCGUAGAAUUGGUGGCCAAGCUCGUGCGCGAGUCGCUAGAUGCCGGCAAGACGUAUAACAAAAGCAUUACGGCCAAGACAUCGCAGCUGCUUACGGGCUGCGAUAGCCUAUUACUGGAGAUUAAGAGCCUGGCUGAGGCCCGCGCUGAAUCCCGCCAGCGAUCGGACAAAGGCCCAGGCCAGGGUGGCGCCGGCUGCUCCUGCGGCCAAGCGAUGGCCAUGCUGCCGCUGCGCAACCCGGCCGAGCCGCUCGCCGGCUCGGCCGACGCGACGGCCAAGAAGCAGAACACACCCAAGGUGGACGAGGCCACCGAAGAGCAGACGGAUCGCGCGCUGGCCAAAAUGGAGGCGUCCAUGGUCCGCCUUAGGGAGAUGGCCGAGAUCAUCCAGGCCACCAGCAUGCAAGGAGAGGCCAACUUGGUGUCCAAAGUGUCGUUGCAAACGGGUACGUUCCAGGCUCUGGAGGCGGCGGUGCAGGCCAGUGCUGCGGCUGCGACGGCCACAGCUAUCGCUCAGGAACGUGGCCGAUCGUCUUCGGCCUUCGGCCGGCUGUACAUGCCACUGCAGGUGCAGAAACUUCAAGAAUGGUACUAUUCGUACCCGCGCCCACUACUCGACGAGCUCACGCUCAUGCGCACGAUUCUGAACUACCGACCGUACGCGAAUCCGUUCCAGGUAGGCGGUCUUUCGCUGGCCCACGUGCGCGAUUGGUUCAAGCGCCGUCGCUUCCGUGAGCGGAUGCGUUAUGUAAAGCUCGCAGUGGAGGCGGGCCACGACGCUCAAGCUGCGGAGGAGGAGAUCGAUCUGCGAUUGGAGCAGAGGAUUGCGCAGUUGCGGGCCUCAGUGGACCCGAACGAGCUGGUCAAGGAAGUAGACCGUGUACGCGCCCAAAGUUAUCUGUUUGAUGCGGCUGCGAAUGCUUUCACUCGGCCGAACAAUAUCCGAUCUUAUAUCGCGGCUUCCUACUCCGUGCCGACGACUGCUGACCAACAGGGAAGCAAUGUUAGUGGCCGUGGAAAGCGACAGCGGACGCAGGACUCAGACCUUGAUGAUAUUUCCAUGGUGAAACACGCCACGGUACUGGAAGUGAUGGCACUUCAAAACCGAUUGCGCAGCCUGAUUGACCAGCCAAAGACGACCGUCGUUACGAACGGGCUGCAGCAAGUGGUCGAUCUGUUGCGUGCUAUGAAAGUUGAGCCUGAUGUGCGUAUUCAAUCGGGCCUGGUGGCCGAUCUCAAGCAGAUUUUGAAGAUGUACACGAAGCCAACUCUGCUGCGCAAAGCCACAAUCGCACUCUUGGAGAAUUUGGGGAUGAACCGCCGUGCUGUAUUGGAGCAGGACGCUGAUGACGACGCUCCGCUAUCCGCACCAGCAAGCCCAGCGCUGAGUACAGCGUCGAGUGUACGUGGAAGAACAACGACGAAGUUGAAUGCUUUGGAGAGUGGCAAUGCGGCGUUCGACGACGAUUCUUCCCUGCUUUUGUCUGGCGAGCCACCAAACAAGAAGGCCAAGCCAGCUGCACGACCAGCCAAGCCUCGUGCGAAGGAGAAAAAGGGGCGAGUUUUGCGCCCCAUGAAGUUCUCGAUGGACCAGCUCACGGCGCUUGAGGCGUGGUUCCAGCAAAAGUAUAAACCAUCACAGGAAGAAAUGGAGAGCUAUCUGGUGCAGCUGAAUACCCCACCGCUACGCGACCUGAAGAAGCAGACGGUGGACGUGAAUAUGACGCAGCUGCGUCGAUGGUUCAAUAAGCGGCGGUGUCUGCGUCGUCCUCCGUUUGCGCUGAUGACGCAGCAAGAGGCGGCCAAGGAAGGAUCGAAAAACCCAGCGGUUCUGAAGGCUGUGUCGGCUCCAAGCAAUGGUGUAGAGUCCAUGGAAAGUGUACAAGGUGCUGACGAUGUCGAAGAUGCGAGCUCCGAGCUCGAAGGACAGCGGAGGACACCCGAAGGACGCCUCUCAUAUGAUACUAAUGAUGACGACGACGAUGAUGAUUCGAGCGACAACGAUAGCAGUGACGAUGAUUCGAGCGACAACGACGAUGCCGAUGAUGAUAGCAGUGACGAUGGAGAACAUCUUAUCGGCGCAGCACUGGCCUAAUUGUUGUCGGUGUCGCUGUCAGUGGUAUCCCCCGCAACUUCUGAGGGCAGCAAGUUGUUGAUUGCUAUUUAGCGAGUCCUGAUGUCCGAAUAGUGCAAAGCAGCUCUCAUUAAGUCUAAAACGAUCCUCUCUCACCCUUAUUACCUCUGGUUUUGCAACA